CCCGCUCGGCAAUGGCUUGGAAUAUGUACUUCCCCGCCACCGCCACCGCAUCAUCAGCUUUACCCUCAACGACGGCUCGCUGUUAAAUGUGAAGACGUGCACCAUCAUUGGUGGUGUGCACGCAACCGAGGUCAUCGCCGCCCAGCGUGUCUUCUACGGCCAGAAACUGGCUGUUCGCGUACCCAAUCCUCCUUACGGUCUUGCCCAAGUCAUUGGCUACGCCUUCGGCGGCCUUUUUCGCCGAUUUAUUGUCUAGCCGUCGAGGAUAAUCUGGCCCGGCGCGCUCAUCAACGCCGCGCUUUUCAAUACGCUUCACACACACCAUGCCUGUCGCCAUCCGGGACACAUGAUCCGCGAACGCUUCACGCUCCUCGCUAGCUUCGUGUGGUACUGGGUGCCCGGAUAACUUUCUGGUCACCGACUCAGCGUCAUGAACUGUGUGUGUAGGAUCGAGCCGGACGACAUCGUCGUCAAUUAAUUCUUCGGCACCGACACCAGCAUGAUAUCGCGUACAUCGGCAGUCUUCCUGUAGUUCCAUAGUGGGCGGAGGCGAACACCUUCGUGUCGUUCAUCCUGUGGUUCUGGGUCCUCACUCUGAUCCUCCAUACCGCAACGUCUUCUUUGCCAAGUUCCUCUGGCUUCAAUACGUAAGACAACACGGGCGUUUCCUACGACGCCAUCAGGGUUGUCCCCCAUGGUGUCUUCAAUGUGGAGAAGAAUAGGGCCUACUCCCCGGUCUUCAUUUCUACUAUGUUUGCGCUCUCUUACGGUGUUUCCUUCGCCGCCUUCACUGCUGUCAUUGUCUACGUCUUC